ACUCUAGCACCACCAGCGCCGUUUCACAGGCCAUGGAUUCACCGCUGCCGUUGCUGCUCGCGCUGUCGUCGCUGCUCCUGAUCCUAGCCGGCCUGUACAUGACGCGCCUCGGCCUGCUCGGCAAGAGGCGCCCGAGCUACCCACCCGUGGCCGGCACCAUGCUCCACCAGCUGCUCAACUGGGGCCGCCUGCCGGAGUACAUGACGGAGCUCUCCCGCAGGUACCGCACCUUCCGCAUGCUCACCUUGACCUGCAGCUCCAUCCACACCGUCGACCCGGCCAACGUCGAGUACAUCCUCCGGACCAACUUCGCCAACUACGGCAAGGGGACCAUGACCCAUGAGGUGAUGGAGGACCUCCUCGGCGACGGGAUCUUCAACGUCGACGGCACCAAGUGGCGGCACCAACGGAAGGUCGCCAGCUUCGAGUUCAGCACCCGAAUGCUCCGCGACUACAGCAGUGGCGUGUUCCGCGACAUGGCUGUCCAGCUCGCGGGCAUCGUGGCUGCCGCCGCCUCCGCCGGGGAGAGGGUAGACAUGGAGAACCUGUUCAUGCGGUCAACGCUGGACUCGAUUUUCAAGAUUGGGUUCGGUGUCAACCUGGGCGCGCUGUCCCGGUCCAACUCGAACCAGGAGGGCGCGGCGUUCGCAAGGGCGUUCGACGACGCCAGCGAGCAGGUGCUGUACCGGUUCCUGGACCCACUAUGGAAGGCCAAGAGGCUCCUCAACAUCUUGUCGGAGGCGGCCAUGAAGCGGUCGGUGCGCACCAUCGAUGACUUCGUGUACGCCGUCAUCGAGAAGAAGAUCGAUCAGAUGGGCAGAGAAGGGCAAGAAUUCGCCAAGAAAGAGGACAUACUGUCGAGAUUCCUGCUAGAGAGAGAGAAAGACCCGGGUUGCUUCGACAACAAGUACCUGCGGGACAUCAUACUCAACUUCAUGAUCGCCGGUCGCGACACGACGGCGGGGACGCUGUCGUGGUUCCUCUACGUGCUCUGCAGAGACCAGCGCAUCCAGGACAAGAUCGCCAAGGAGGUGCGGGAGGCCACCACCGGCGACCGCCAGGACACGGGCGGCAUGCAGGAGUUCACGGCGUGCCUGACCGAAGACGCCAUCGGCAGCAUGCACUACCUCCACGCCGCGCUCACGGAGACCCUCCGGCUGUACCCGGCGGUGCCCACCGAUGUCAAGUGCUGCUUCUCGGAUGACACGUUGCCGGACGGGCACGCUGUGAGGAGAGGGGACAUGGUGAACUACCUGCCGUACGCGAUGGGCCAGAUGAAGUUCCUAUGGGGCGACGAUGCCGAGGAGUUCAGGCCGGAGAGGUGGCUCGACGACGACGGCGUGUUCGUCCCGGAGAGCCCCUACAAGUUCACCGCUUUCCAGGCGGGGCCUCGGAUCUGUUUAGGAAAGGAGUUCGCGUAUAGGCAGAUGAAGAUAUUUGCAGCCGCUCUUCUCUACCUCUUCAGGUUUGAGAUGUGGGAGCGCGAUUCCACGGUGGGGUACCGUCCAAUGCUCACGCUCAAAAUGGACGGCCCGCUCUAUGUUCGCGCGUCGCCCCGGCGAUCAACCGGGAACUAGCAUGUUUGUGCUGCUAUAAGAAGUCCUGUCUCAAAAGCGUUCACAUGUUCCUCUGUUUUGUUGUGUUGAGCUUUGAUAAUACUAGAUUGAUGUGCCCGUCCAUUUUGGCAGUAUAAUAUUAGUGAUGAUAAAGUCAUAUGCAAGAAUAGUUUUUUUAUCAUGCGAUAUAAUUAUGAUACCCAUGAAUCAUGUCUUUUUACAUGUGUUUUGGCAUCUGAUAUUCAUCCGAUGGUUUUGUA